AUGAGCAAUGCUGAGAUAAUUGGUUCGACAAACCUUAUAAUUCUGCUAGAGGAUGAAAUCUUUGCUGAUUUUUUCAACACAUUUCUUUCUCUCCCGGUCUUUGGCCAGACACCAUUUUACACUGUUGAAAAUUCUCAGUGGAGCUUGUGGCCAGAAAUACCCCAUGACUUGAUUGCAAAGUACAAAGGAUUAUUGACCUGGUUGGAAAAAUAUCGAUUACCUUUCUUCUGUAAAGCCAACUUAUGUUUCCAUUACAUUCUCUGUCAGGAGUUCAUCAGUUUCAUUAAGUCCCCAGAAGGAGGUGAAGAAUUGCUGGAUUUCUGGAUUCUUGUUGAGAAGAUCCUGAGCAUAGAUGAGAUGGACCUGGAAGUGAGAGACCACUACCUUUCCCUCCUCUUUGUGCUGAAGGCCACCCAUCUGCAGGAGAGCUCACGGGUGCUGACUCUCUGCAACAUGAACAUCAAGGCCCUCCUGAACCUGUCCAUCUGGCAUCCCAACCAGUCAACCACCAGGAGGGAGAUCCUGAGCCACAUGCAAAAAGUGGCCCUGUUCAAACUCCAGAGCUACUGGCUCCCCAACUUUUACACCCACGCCAAGACAGUCAUGGCCAAGGAGGAAUCAUGCCAGGCUCUGAUGCAGGAAUAUGAGACUCGCCUGUACAGUAUCUGCUAUACCCAUGAAGGAGGGCUCCCUCUGAAUAUGAACAUCAAGAAGGCCCACCAACCCCAGAAGCAGUACUCAAGCAGGAAGAUCAAGAGGAAGAUGUGGCACUUGAUAGACUGUGGCUCGUGGUCUCUGGAAAUGGAUACCAAUCCAGAUACCAAUAUACUGUCCCCCCAGGAACUGGGUUCUCAAGACAAGGUGGUUAUACAAAAGCCUUUCCUAAAAGAGGCCUCUUCAAAGGACAGAAUCAUUAGUUCCCUGGAAAAGGAUGUUCUCUAUGCCAGGAAGUCCAAUGUGAAGAAGAAGGCCAAGAGCCACCUCCACAUGGAGGGCAUCUUUGAGACAGCGUUCUCAACCCACCUGAGGACUGUCACCCCCAUCAUCAAUUACUCCUCCCACGUGACCAUCAAGAAGGCCGUGAAGCAGAACCUCUCCUUGGGGUACAUCCACUGGGCCCUGUGUGCGGACACCUGUGCAGGGAGUCCCUUCCGGGACCACCUGAAGAAGCUAAAUUUGAAAGUGGAGAUCCAACUCUUGGACCUCUGGCAGGACCUGCACCAUUUCCUCAGUGUCCUGAUGAGUAACAGGAAGACUGGGAAAGCCAUCUUUCGGCACAUGCUGGGCAACAGGAUCUGUGAGCUCUACCUGAAUGAGCAGAUUGGUCCACGCCUGCCGCUCAAAUCCCAAACCAUUGAAGGCCUGAAGGAGAUGCUGCCUUGUGGGGAUGUGAACCCCUGGAUUCCCAGAACCCAGAAGGAGAUCUGCAAGAUCCUCAGCCCCUGGUAUACUGAGUUCCUGGAUGAAGAGGACUACUGGUUUCUCGUUUUUACAACUCAGAGCAGGCUCAUCUGCACCAGGUGGCAUAAAAAAGAAUCUAUAAGCAAAGAAGAGAUCAUUCUUCUUUACAAGAGAUUUGAGGAAUCACUGGAGUUAAGCCAGGGUUUGGCUAACAUGGAAGAAAUGGAAUCUAUGCAAUGGCAAAAGAUAGCUACUGAGAACCUGAAGCAAGGUGGGUCCCUCCAGGUAGAAAGGAAGUCUCCAGUGUUUCUGGCAGACAUAGAGAAAAUGGCCUUUGAGGAACUCUGUUAUAAGUAUCCAAAGGUGGCCAUAGAGAAGAUCAGUGAUGACUACAAAAUAUAUUGUGAAAAAGUACCUCAUAUAGAUUUUACUGUAGAAAUUGUCCGAGAACCAAAGGUGAUUUUACCCUCAAAAAGGAGAAUGUCAUUCUCUAGAAGGGCUAAUGUGAGGAAGCCUUCAAUGAGACCCAGAAACUUGACAGAAGUCCUCCUAAACACACAGCACUUGGAGUUCUUCAGGGAGUUCCUCAGAGAACGGGGGGCUGAAACCCCAUUGCAGUUCCUGGUAGCCAUACAGAAGAUCAGUGUUGAGACAAAUGAAAAGAUUUAUAAGUCUCUCUUUGAAAACAUAAUCAAGACUUUCUUCCAUGGCAAAAACUCUCCUGAACAAAUGCUGCAGUGUAAUGCCCCUAUUAUCAAGGAAGUCUCUCUCAUGCAUCAUGUCAGCACAACAACAUUGUUAAUGGUCCAGGACUAUGUCAUGAAAUCUCUGGAAGAAAAGUGGUUUAAAGAUUACCAAGAACUGUUUCCACCUCUUCCUUUGGAGAAGGAAGUUGAAAUACCACUAGCUUCACCCAAGAAGCCCUCAAGGACAGCAGUUUACCUGCAGGAAUCCCAGAAGAGAGGUUGGCUGAAGAUGAUCAGCUUUAUCAAGAGCUUUUGUAAUUACCGCAGAUUUAUGUCUCAUCCCCAUAAGUGCCAGGAACUUGAAGACUAUCUUCACCAGGAAGUAUACAGCAAGGAAAAUUUCUCCACAGCCCCACACAUAUCAGGACGCCCAAUACCACAUCCCAGUGCCCGGAGCAUAGAUCUUGAAAAUGAAGACAUAGUCCUUAUAAAGCGCCGGGUAUUUGGUCACAGGAUUAUCAUCAUCAACUAUGCCGUCAAUGAUUUCUAUUUCUUUUCUGAAAUGGAAAAAUUUAAUGAUUUGGUGAGUUCAGCUCGUGUGCUACAAGUCAACCGGGCAUACAACGAAAAUGAUGUGGCCCUAAUGAAGUCCAAAAUUAGUAUCAUCCUAAAGCUGUACCUGCAUGCAGAUGUCCCUCCAAGGCUGAGAGUGAACAUCUCUGAUGCCCAGAAGGACACAAUCCUUGCUGCCAUUUCAGACGGCCACCUGGAUAGGAGCAUCUUCCACGGGGCUAUCAUGUCUCUCUUCCCCAUCAUUAUGUACUUCUGGAAAAGGUUUUGUGCCUGGAAGGCAAUCCACUCUUACUUCCAGUACAUGGGAAAGAAGUUCAAGGACACAAUAAUUUCUCCCAAACAUGUGUGCAAGUACCCUCCUUGGAGUGGAGGAGACCAAGCCGUCCUAAGGUUCACCUUGUGCAGAGGUAUUGAGUGGUUGCAGCCUCAACCUCGGGAUGCGCUAGGAAGUCCAAUCCAAAACUCUUCAUCUAGCAUCUUUACUCAGUCAAGACAUGCGAUCUCUGCCAUCCAGCUGUGUCCUGUCCUAGGGCCAAAAUUACCCAGCACCAAAAAGGAGAAGAAGUAACCAGUAAUCAAGUCAGACCCCCAACAGAGGCACAUGAUCUCUCAGAAGCCUCCUCCCACUGACAGAACCUUUUCUGGUCAGAAAUGAAAUGCCCUGACACCAUCUGCCCCAUGAAAGAUCAGUGGGGGAGCAGCCCGGAUGUGGCGGGACCAGACUGCAGUGGCUAAGAUGGGAGUGGAGAGCACAGACAGAAGCACCUCUGCCCCCUACCCUAUCCCGUCCUGGAGUCAGAGACAGUCUUUCCAUGGUGGCUGUGCAACAGAACACCUACCCUCGGGGUCUGGACACCUGUUGCACUCUGCAGCCGCAUGGCCUUGAGCAAAUCCUUGAUGCAAGGUGGUUGAAGAAUCCCAGGAGACCUAUGUGCAGAUGGCAUUAAACACUCUAGGAAGCAAGGUACUGUUUUAUCAGAUUGGAUUUUUGUUGCUAGGAUCCUCCCGUUCGGACAA